AUGUUGAAUAUGCUUGACCUAUAUGCUAAUGUCAGAUAUAGUGGGACAUUGGUUUCUGGAGUAGCACGUUGUGGUCAAGCAGAUGCAUUAAAAGCUGCUCUUACUGCUGUGGCGAAGAGUAAUGAGCAGAUUGACCACGACCUGCUUGUAAAAAUUCUAAGUAAUCCGACAAUUUUAGAACAGUUAGUAAGGAUGGAUACACCAGCUCAGUAUAAUAAUAUGGAAACAGGAUCAUCCUCAUCCCCAAUGAUGAUGUCAAAUGGGUUAGUGUACCCGUAUACUAAUGGUACUGGACCUAUGACCCAUCAGCAAUCAAUCCCACCGCUCUCUGUACAAUCUGGUUCUGGUUCUCAAAUGAAGGACCUCAACUACAACAAGAACUUGAUUCACCAACAUGGAGGAGAAAGGCAAGGCGAGCCUCAACCUCAACCUCAAGCUCAACCUCCAUUUUCAACCCAUCCCAUUCCCAUCCAUCAGUCAGGAAUAAUAGAUCAAGAAGUAGAUAAUUCAAAACAAAGGGAUGCAAAACAUAAGAUGAUGAAGCCUUGUAUUUAUUUCAAUAGUUCAAAAGGUUGCAGACAUGGUGUGAAUUGUAUUUAUCAGCAUGACAUGUCGCUCUAG